AUGGCAACACUGACUGCCCCAUCCGCCCCCUCCCCGGCCCCGGACAGGGACACCGCCACCGCUGCGACCACAGCAGCGAUCAGGAUCGACAUGUCCCCCCCGUCGAAGAACACGUCCCCCGGGUCUGGGGGGGGACCGCGCGGUGCUGCUGGAACCCCUCCUCCUGUGGUUCCUCCGCACCUGCCCCACUUGGGGGAACUCCCGACUGUCGGAGAUCUCCGGCCUCGGCUGGGGGGCAGCCUCCUUCCUCUCAGGAGGCCGGGAAGCCCCCUCGCUUUUGCUCCCCCCCCAGACGCAGACACCACACCCUGGCCCGGCUGCACAGUCAGCCUGGUGGUGUCCGCACCUCCGGCACUCGAAACACCGAAGCGGUUCAGGCACACAAGUGCGCAGGUUGUAGGCACCCCAGCCACCCAGAUCAAGGGUGGAGCCCGGGCCACCCCUCACGGUCACCAGGACUCGCCUGGAAACAAAGGGUGGCUCGAUCCCUGGGCACGACGAUCAUGCCCCGAUCUCGCGCAACCCGGAUCGACAGCCGGACCCCACGCCGGCUCUCCAAUGCCCCUACCAUCUGUCGGACUCCGGCCCCGGCCGCCCCGGUCCGCCCCCUCGGCCUCGGGGCCCGCUCGCGGAGGCACCAGCUGCCUCGGGGCCCGCUCGCGGAGGCACCAGCUGCCUCGGCUGGUCCAGCCGGCGCUCCCGACUCAGUCAGUGGGGCCGCCUGAGGGGGGCCCAGAGACCCCCCCGGUCCGGGCGCCGGCCCGGAGGGGCCAGCACGAGAGUCCACCUGUUGGACAAUCCGAUGGACAGACAUGCCUGCACCUGACCUGCUUGUCUUGUCUGCCAUCUUGGCAGCAGGCACGACAGUGUCAUCCUGUGCUCGGGGCUUUCCCCCGCCACCCGGAGGCACGCAAGGCCCCAGGGCGGCUGCCGCGGUCUGGGCCCUGCACGGGUCGUCAACAGUAA